UUUAUUUUUGGUUCCAAGCGCCACAAUUUCCACACUAAAUUUUCAUUUGACCGCUCCAUAAAAACCCUAAAAACCAUUCAAGUCCCCAAUUCUUCAUUCAGCAUCUCCCGAUCUCCUCCUUUGCCUCUCAUCCUACUCCGCUCGAACUUCCCGCACACCGACCUCGAUGGUGUCAAGAUCCCUCCGGAUCACCGGCGGCUCAUUUUCGUGGGAAAGCAGCUUGAGGAUGGCCUAAUCUCACUCUUCAAUCGAUCCAUUGAAUGCCCUUGAAUCUGGCAAGAUUCGGGAGGACCAGCAGGAGUUUCGAGCGUCGAAGCUUAGAUCUAGGGUUCGAUGAUUGCCUGAUAUUGGGGGCGGGGAUUUGGAAAUCUAAGGUUUGAUGAUUGCCUGAGAUUGGGGAUAAUAAAGUGGGGAGAUGAGAGGGGAGGUCGAGGGGGUAAAGGGACAAUGAUUGGGGUGGGGGGUCAUUGGUGCUCCGAUCACGGAGUUAUGGGUCAUCACAGCAAGUGCAUAAUUCACUUUGUUCAGUCUCCACAUUGCCGAACACUUUGACGCCGGUUUUAUUUAGGAAGAAUUUGAAGAUGCUGUUGCCAGGAUCAAGAGAGAAUGAGAGGAGAUUGUCGGUGAUUUUUAAGAUUGCGAGCAGAAAGAAAGUUGGGAUACUUUUGCUGCUCAUCAUCACGACGAUUGUUGUUGUGUUGUCCUUCUUCGCUGUCAAUAGAGCACCUCCCUCCUACAUAUUAUGGAAUUUAGCUGCCAUGAUCUCAUGUAAUCCUCAGACUGGAAGGCAUCUGUUGCACUUGCAAAUAAUUUCAAAGCUGCUCACAGGUUCAACAUUUGAUCAAGUCGGCAUUAUCUCUGAAGUUGCGUCUAUUAUUAGAGAGUUUACCAAACCACUAGCUAAUCAUGGUCUUUAUCUAGUUGAAGCUGAAAGAGUAAGUAGGCAUCCUGUAUUGCUCGUUGCAGCUGCAGAUAGUUCUGAAGGUUUGCAACCACCAGUCAGACGUUGCGUCAGCCAUGAAAUUGCCAUGAGUCCUUUGAUAGAGGCUCAACGAGCUGAUAUGUUAUCCUCUUCUCUUGAGGGUGUCUCAAAGCUCCAGCAUGAGAACAUCAGAGACGACUUAAUUAAAGAUGUUAUUGGGCAGACAUCCAGUUUUAUGCCUAGGGAUAUAAAUGGUUUGGUGGCUGAUGCUAGUGCUAAUUUUGUACAUCGAAUCCUCAAUGACAAAGAUAAUAAUGGAUCCAGAGAGUCUGGUGAGAAAACUAUUUCCAAAGUGAUGUCAGCUCAGGAUGAGAAAAGUGUAAAAUAAACAUAUCUAUAAACUAGGAAAUCCACUGGUGUCCCAUAACACCAUUGGACAUGAUGUAUAUCUGCCACUACAUAUGAAGUAUACGUUAUAGAUCUUGUGACUACCUUUUUUUAUUAUAGCUUGACAAUAAAAUUGUAUAGUUGGUUAUGUAUUUGUUUUUCUCUACGCAUUCUUUCUCUUACCUAAUUUUUUUCUAAUAUGUGAUACGUACCAACAGGGUAGGUUCCCAAGUUUCAUACUUUUUAUGACGUGUUUUGAUCAGUUCAUGAACUCAAUUCCAUUCUCUAGCCUCCCUAUAGCUAAGAUCAAUGUCAGCACAAAAUAUUUCCUUCUUGCCAAUAUUGACAAAAUGAAGGUCGCUCUAUCAUCUAAUCAAUUGUUUGUGGAAAUUAGAAUAAGACGCGUAUACUUAUACUGCAAUUAUCUACUUUACAUAGUUUUGGUAAUAAUUAACUUCUUAUGUGACUAACCUUUGAUUGCAUGUGAUAAACUAUGUAGGAUAUAUCGUUUGAAAGUUCGAAACUGGACUUGAUUCGGCCUUGUUAUGAAGCUACAUUGGGGGUUUAUUCACUGGAGGAUGAACUCAUCAUUGAAGUUCAAUGUAGAGCCAUGCCAGGGUCAUCGUCCUCCAUUAAGAUGCAGUGCUCCUCAGAAGUUGAAAAGCAUUUGAGUGCAGGCACUAUGAUUUAAGAGUUUGUACUUGAGGUGACCUUCAGGCUGAGACUUAUGUUCUUUUUUAUUUCAGGCAUCGUCCUCCAUUAAGACAAAAAAUACACUUUUUAUUUUAAUGAAAGAGGAAUUUUAGUCAUGUACUUUGGACAAAAGAAAAAACUUGUACUAAAGUCA